AUGCCCUACGUGGACUCAAGUGGCAAUCUGGUCGAGCGGAAGCCGUCGGUGUUCGCCGCCAUCCUCGGGUUCUUCAACUUUUUCGUGUUAUUUUUCUACUCGUUAUUCGGCAUCAACGCAAAUGGGAAAACCGCUGGCAACCGUAGCGCUGAUGAUUAUCGAGCGCAGCUAAGAGGGAAUCCUGGCGGCGGUGGGGGUACUGGUGGAGGAGGCUUCAGGAAUGAGUUGCCCACCAAUGGGUGGAGGAGGAUGAGGAGCGUAAAUGUCCGGGUCGCGCCCGGACAACCCGGAGAUGUGGCGGAGCUUCACUUCGGCGUUCAAUUCUGGCGCAAGACUUCGAUGGCUUACGUAGACUCAAGCGGUAAUCUCGUCGAGCGGAAGUGGUCGCUAUUCGAGGCGAUUCUCGCAUUUUUCAACGCGAUUUUGUUAUUCAUUUACUCCUUGCUCGGGAUCCGCAAUAAUCGGCAGGCCACAGUGGGUGCCGAUGAAUAUCGAGCGCAGUUGAGGGGGAAUUCCGGUGGUGGUGUGAAUGGCAAUGGCGGAGGCGGACGCGGAGGCGGUGGCGGCGGUGGUGGUGGAGGUCUUCGUCGACCCAUUGGACGCCUUCCACAAUCGUCUGGCAUGAGUGCCCCACCGAUGGGAGGCGGUUGCUGUGGCGGAGGUUGUCCCACG